CUUUUAUGACUUGAUUUUUUUUCUAGAUAGCUUCUUGGGUUGGUGGAGGGUAAAAGGGUAAAAAUUGCAACAACUGUUUCCGUUAGGACAUCUCUCUCACUCUCACUUUGACUCUCUCACUAUUUGUUCUCACAAAGGUCAGUCACACCACAGUCGCUAUGUAUACAUACCAAUUCCAAAAGAAACAAAAUUUAAGGUUUUCAGUAAAUUACUUUUGAGAGUUGCUGUUAAUGGUGGCUUGGCUGUUUCCAAAUUGGCCUUCAACUUUCCAACUUUUAAAACCAAAACACAAAUGGUGAAAUACCCAAAUUUCUCGAACCCUAUUCGGUUUUGCGAUAUCAUAAAUUUAUUUCAUUUUGUGGAUUGAGGAAAUCUCAUGAGAUUUGAGAAAAUCUCAUGAGAUUUGGUUGCCAUUAGUGUUAUUAAUGUCAUUUAUUAACUUUCUCAGUAAAGUUAAUAAAUUUAUUUGACUUUAAAAAAGAAGAUGAAUCCUGAUAAGAUUACUCCUGAUUAUGGUAAUCUAUUAAAUGGAGGGUUUCAUCUCUCUAUACUUAUGGAAUUCGGAAUUGGCAACAAAAAAUUGGCACGCCGAAUCCGGAAGAACGGGAAUUCAGAAUCAGAGAGAGCUUGUGCAGUUGUCUGUCAAGAAUCACUUAAAAGAACCAAAGGGAUUUUGCUGCAGGCACAGAGAGAGUUUGUGUAGUUGUCUGUCAAGAUUCAUUUCAGAGAACCAGAGGAAAUUUGCUGCUUUAGCAAGUGUAAAGAAGAAGUUAAUUUUGAUGAUACUGGAGCAAAGGAAGGAUAAUCCCAUUACUCCCUUAUUAACCCUCGAUAUUUUUGCUGGUUGUGGUGGUCUAUCGGAAGGGCUAAGACAAUCAGGGGUGUGUGAAACCAAGUGGGCCAUUGAGUAUGAGAAAACUGCCGGGAAAGCUUUCAGACUAAAUCAUCCAGAAACAAUGGUGUUAGUCAACAACUGUAAUGUGAUUCUAAGGGCAAUCAUGGACGCAUGUGGGGAUUCCCAUGACUGCAUUUCAACUUCUGAGGCUACAGAAUUGGCCAAAAAUCUUGAUAAGAAGCUGAUGAAUAAAUUGCCUAUGCCGGGACAAGUUGACUUCAUAAAUGGAGGACCUCCAUGUCAGGUGAGAUUUGGCGUUUUGGAAGCUGGGGCUUAUGGUAUAUCGCAAUCGAGGAAGCGGACAUUUAUAUGGGCAGCCGCACCUGGUGAGAAGCUACCUGAUUGGCCUGAACCAGUUCAUGUAUUUGCCACUCCAAAUCUUAAGAUCAACUUAAACAGAUCUGUUCAUUCACAUUAUGUUGCUGUUAGAAGUACCUCAUCAGGUGCUCCACUUCGUUCAAUCACUGUUCGAGAUACCAUAGGCGAUCUUCCUGCUGUUAACAGUGGGGCUUCAGUAACAUCCAUGAAAUAUGGAGUGGACCCAAUAUCCUGGUUUCAGAAGAUAAUAAGAGACAAUAUGGAAGUUUUAACAGAUCACAUAUCUAAAGAAAUGAAUGAGAUUAAUCUAAUCAGAUGUAAAAGAAUUCCUAUUCGUCCAGGUGCUGAUUGGCGUGAUCUUCCAAAUGAGAAGGGUACCAAAUUGAAGGAAGCCGUUGAAGGAAAACAACAUAUUUGCUUUUGUUAAAAGUGUAAAGUUGUUGUUGGCCCGCAACAAUCCGAGACGAAAUCAAAGUCGGAAAUCAAAAUUCCGAUAAAAAAUUUCAAGACUCUCAUAAUAAUAAACUUUAAUUAAUUGUCAUUAUCCUAUUUCUAUUUUAAUUCUUACCCUAUAGUUCUAUAAAUAAGAUUAUGUACCUCUAUUAUUAUCACUAAAUUCAUUUCAA